AUGUCAUCUGCGGUAGCGGCCGCCCUCAAAAAGCUCCUCCCGAAGCAGCUGCCACCAUCACUUUCGUCCCGGCCAGGAAACCUCUACGAGGUCUUGGCGCGCUACCCACAAGACGGCAUCGGGCAGAGGAUACACCAGACGCGAUGGACUGCGAAAGGGAUCUCAGAUUGCUACUGGGAGGUGACGAGGACCAAGCUGAAGCUUGAGGGGAUGCACGGGAAGGCUUGGGGCGUUCUGACCUGGCGAGGAAAGCGAGUGAGCGAGCAAGAAGAGAAAAUCCCGGGAGGGCUCAAGUACAGAUGGGCGCAGGGCGCAUCCCGAACACCGAUUGGACGAGUCUCGCCCUCGUCCUCUUCAUCAUCCUGA